AUGAUGGUAUUGAUGGUAUUUGGUAGCAUACAUCUCCCUAAAUGUUGUGCCAUUGACCUCCCCAUGACUACGCAAGUGAGUUAUUGGAAUAACGCCUUACUUCAACGCAAACCAUUGUUCCCUCUUGUGAACAAUUGUCCAUCUAAGAUGUGUCGCUCAUUGGUAAGGCGUUCUCAUAAUCGAUGCGAGGUGAUGUGCCUUGUGGGGAUGGCUGCAAUGGUGUACGACAGGAGAGAGUGGAGAGGACGAUUAGUCGCUCCGCUUGAUGGAGGGAAGAUUGCGGAAGGAAGGAAGCGAUUGGGCGAGCGCGCUCUCAUUGUCAAACUCUGGGCUGCUUGCCACAUGGAUGCAUUGUCCGAUGACUGGCAUACUCGGUUGUCCUAA